UAUCCUAUCCAACGACCAAGACCCAGACGAGAGUGAGUGAUAGCACCGUUAGUACCCAUCCAACGACCAAGAGCGAGAUGAUAGUGAGUGACACUAAGCUCCACUUGCUACCUACUUGGAAAAUGGCAGGCAAGGUCGUCGCCGGGAAGACCACUGCUGCCCAGCCCAAGAGCGUGGGGCGGCGGCUGUGGCGCUUGGCGCGCACCGUCGUUUACCUUCUGCGCCGCGGCGUGCUCUUGUCCGGGCGCAAGCUCGCCAUGGACCUCCACCGCAGCAGGGACGCCAGCAAGGCCCUCGGCGGCUUCGUCAACUUCCAGCGCCGCCCGGCGGCUCGCACUCACUCAACCUCCGUCGCAGCGAAGCGCCGUGACGACGAAACCGCCGGCUAUUGCAACAGCUACGACGCGGCCGACAUCGCCAGGGUGUUCGAGAUGCUCAACGACGGCGGGCACCUCUUCGACGACGAGGACGGGGGUCUCGCGUGGGCGUCGCCGGCCUUCGGGCGCAGCGCGGCUACGGGCCAGCCGCGCAUCACCGACUCGCCGUUCACGGCGAGCCAGGACCAGCAGGUGGACAGGAAAGCCGACGAGUUCAUCAGGAGGUUCUACCAGCAACUGCGCGCCCAGAAGAGCGUCUCCGCCACGCCGGAAAACUACGGCCACGUCGUCCCAAGGCCGGUCGCCGCUUAAUUUUAGAAUUAUGAGUGCUGGACUGCUCGAGGCGGCCGCCGGUCGCCCGGCAGCGGGAGCACAACGUUGCCAUGUCUUCUUCUUCAGAAAAUGUAGUAAAUCACCCGCAUAAUGUGU